AUGAUAAUCUUAGCGUUAAAUGGAAAAUUUGGCGCAUUAUUUUCUACCAUUCCUGAUCCUGUGAUUGGUGGAGUCUUCUGCUGUAUGUUUGGUUUAAUAACAGCAGUGGGAAUCUCUAACUUGCAAUUUGUUAAUCUUAAUUCUGUUCGAAAUCUCUUUAUUAUUGGUUUUGCUAUCAUAAUGGGAUUGGUCAUUCCUGAUUAUCUUGGAAAGAAUGAACGAGUCAUCGACAUUGGUAAUCUAUCUAAUACUGAGCCUAAGAUCUUAGGAAUUUUAAAAUAAUCAAGUUUUCUGAACUGAUUAAUGAAAGAAAAUCCUAAAGGGACUCAACGAAGUCUGUCUUAGUUUGCCAAGUUCGCUUAAUAGAUGCUUCGAAUAAAGAAAAAGCAAAAGAAUAUCACUUAUAUGUUAUUAUUUACUUUCAAUGUGUUUUUAUAUAGGUGUUGAUUAGACCAAAUAUUAGACCAAAUAUUCACUGUGCUGUUGAAGACCAGUAUGGCUGUUGGUGGAAUAAUUGCUUGCCUCCUUGACAACCUCAUUCCCGGAACACAAGAAGAAAGAGGAAUUAAGAAAUGGCGUAAUCUUGCCACUGGUCAAGCUGUAAAGAAUGUUGCUUCUGUUCAUGUUUAUGACCUACCGUUCGGUGUUGGAAAAAAAAGGAAAUUUUCUAAAUUUGUUCCAUUUCUACCUUACUAUGAAGAACCUUUAGAAAACGUGGAAACUGCAGAGAAUGCAAUGGUUAACAUGGCGGCAGAUACACGAAGUGGAAACAUCUCAGAAGAUAACUCUAAUUUUUAUGAUCACACCACAGUGUUAUAG